CACACGACGGCAAGAUUUCAGGAAGUGUUUUGUAAGGAGUGUGUAAUAUCCCUGCGUUGAAAAGACAUGGAGAUGAGCUUUGUGUUGCUGUGUGUGAUGCUGGUAGCCAGUGUUACACCUGUGUCUGCUGCAACACAGCCAGGUAUCAUAGAGAGACUACUAUUGGCCACCAUUGAGCGUCCCUGGCUCUGGGGGGUCUAUGUCUUCACUGUUGGACUUCCUGUCAUUCUCUUCAUUAGCUUCAUGUGGCCUGACAAGAGGUUUGGGCCCGCUGAUCAAGAGUAUUACUAUAAGAAGUCUGAUCAUCAUCAACCAGAUGAUUCUGAGCUCUCAGAGCAGACAGAGGCAGUGGAUAUCAAAGGAAAGGUGGACAGAUCUGGGACACGGAAGAGAUGGUAACCAGAGGAAGCGUGACCUAGACCAGAAGGUUGAUUGAUCAGUGCAUUGACCUCAGGUGAGGAACGCACCACCAACACACAAAGAGAAUGCUGGGCAAUCACCUCUUUGGCCAUGCAGUUGUUUCAAUGAAUGGAUACAACUACAUACACAGUGUGAACACAAUCAUGUCUGAGGACUGGGCCCAUAUUCAAAA